AUGCUCACCCUCGCCCGUCCCUCGGCUGCCUCGCUCUCGCCCAAUGGUCGUCUCGCUGUCUUCUCCGCAUCCCGCUACGCCGUCGACACCAACAAGUCCAUCCGCAACCUCCACCUUGUCGACCUCGCAGACAAUAAUACCCUCUCGGACCUCACCCCCCAGGUCCCCGACACCAACCAUGACAACGCCGUCUGGCUCGAUGACAAUAGCCUCGCAUUUCUCGCCAAGGGUCAGCUCCAUGUCAAGGCCGUUGGCUCCGACAGCGAGCCCUAUAUCCUCACACACUUCCCCGUCGACAUCACCAACGUCAAGUUCAACAGGGCAGCCAACCUGAUUGCCUUCUCUGCCGCCGUUUACACCGACGGUACGCUUGAGGGUGCCAGGGAAAAGGACGAGUAUAUCAAGGUCCACAAGAAGGACACUGCCCUGGCCUUCGAUACUCUCAUGGUCCGCCACUGGGACGAGUUUAUCCAGGAAAAGAAGAAUAACAUCUUUGUAGUUAAGAUCAAGAGGAGCGGCGACAAGUUCGUGGUCGAUGGUCACGCCAUUAACCUCUUGCUCAACACUGGUCUGGAGUCGCCCACCAUUCCCUUUGGUGACCAGGGCGACUACGAUAUUUCUCCCAACGGCCAGGAGAUCGUCUUUGUCUCCAAGAUCAACACCCCCGAUAAUGCCUGGCAGACAACCACCCACAUCUACACCGUCCCUGUCACCGGCGGUGUCGUCCCCAAGAACAUCAACCCCGAGAGUGUCGGAGCUGCCAGCCACCCAGUCUUCUCCUCGACCGGGAGGUCUAUUGCCUACCUCCAGAUGCUCAAGCCUCAGUACGAGGCUGACCGCAACAGGAUUGUCGUUCACUUCAACGGACAGUCUCGCAUCGUGGCCAAGGACUGGAACCGCAGCCCCAGCAGCAUUCUCUUUGACAGCAAGGAUGAGAACAUCUUUGUCACGGCUGAGGAUCAAGGACAUGUCAAGGUCUUCAAGAUCAACCUUCAAACCGAGUCCAUCGAACCCAUUGUGAAUGAGCAUUCUCAAAGUGGACUGAGCCUCAUCGAUGACAACACUCUUCUUUACUCCACAGCCUCCUUGACCAGCCCCAGCGACCUUUUUACCGUCGAUAUCAAGACCAAGGAUAUUCAGCGUCGCACUAAUGUCCACGCCAAAACCCUCGCCAAUGUCUACCUCGCAACUCCUGAGGACGUCUGGUUCAAGGGUGAUCAGGGCAGAGACAUCCAUGGCUUCCUCCUGAAGCCCAUCGGAUUCGACCCUUCCAAGAAGUAUCCUCUGGCCUUCAUUGUUCACGGUGGCCCUCAGAGCGCCUUUAAUGACAAUUGGAGCACACGCUGGAAUCCUAACAUCUUUGCAAGCGCCGGGUUUGUUGUUGUCUUCUUGAACCCUACUGGAUCGACUGGAUAUGGUCAGGAAUUGACGGAUGCGAUCAACAACAAUUGGGGCGGUUCUCCUUAUAUUGACCUGAUGAAGGGUCUGGACUACGUUCUUGAGCACCAUGCCUACAUCGAUCAGGCUCGUGUUGCUGCUUUGGGAGCCUCGUAUGGUGGAUAUAUGAUGAACUGGAUCAACGGCCACACCGACCGCUUCAACUGCUUAGUUAACCACGACGGCAUCUUUGAUACCAAGAACGGAUUCUAUGCGACCGAGGAGCUCUACUUCCCUGAGCACGAGUAUGGUGGUGUCCCAUGGGAUCCCAAGGCCAAGGAUAACUAUGAGCGAUGGAACCCCGCCAACUUUGUCCAGAACUGGAAGACACCCACUCUCGUCAUCCACAGCGACAAAGACUAUCGUCUGCCCGUCACUGAGGGUCUUUCAACUUUUACGGUUUUGCAGCGCAAGGGCAUUCCUUCACGCUUUGUCUAUUUCCCCGACGAAAACCACUGGGUUCUCAAGGCUGCCAACAGCUUGCGCUGGCAUGCCGAGGUCAUCAACUGGAUCCAAAAGUGGACUGCUGAGCCUAAACGGAACGUCAACGGCAUGGAGGAGACAUUUGUGUACGAGACCUCUCAGGUUCGCAUCAAUUAA